AUGGACGCCUUUGACUUCCUCGAGACGCUACCGCCAGCGACGCUUGAACGUCUAUACGAGGACCCAUGGGCAUGUCAAGCUAUCUUUCAAGCCCUCCCUCCUCUUGCACAGCAAUUUGUAAUGCGUUUGCUUCCCACUAACGCUGCUGUGCCGUGUGAAUUAUUGGAACAAUGGGUUGUUCCGGAGCCUGGCGAGGUCAAGCGCAUGCCACCGCAAUUUCAUGUGGCAUUACACAAAUUAAAAGGGCUUCGGGUAUUUCUACAGCAGGAUGGCAGCUAUCGGUCACAUCCGACAUUCCAGAAACAGCUUAUGUACGCACUGAGUAAUUUAGGUGGAUCUCCUUGGGAAAGUGGUCGACUUUGUCUACCGAAAGACUUGGAGAACAUGUUUACUACGGCAGACCUGGAACGAUAUGCCCGAGCAAGAUGGGACGCAGUGCUGCAUUAUAUGGUAGGCUCGACAGCUGUUCAGGAGCCGCCUCAGUCGGUGGUAGAUAUUUUAAUUCGGACAAAAUUGCUGCAAGCUAGUGGAGCCGACUCGAGAGCGCUCCAUAUUACAGAUACGGGCUACGAGUUUAUGCUGAAAGAUAUUCACGUGCAGAUGUGGAUCUUUUUGCUCGAGUACAUCCGCACGCUGGACAACACGGGGACGCUAAAGCAGGAGGACAUUCUACAGUUUCUAUUCCAGAUUAGCUAUUGCCAAACGGGAGAAUACUAUGCAGUGGCUGAUCUUACCGAGACACAGCGACUACUACUGGGAGAUUUCAUUGACUUUGGACUACUGUAUCGUAAGCGCACGAAUUCAGAUCGAUUUUACACGACAAGUCUGGCUGUAAACUUAAUUUUCGGUGGAUCGACGGGUCAGAAGCGUAACCACGUAAGUCUCUCGAGCUCAUUUGCUGGUGUACGCGCUGGAAUGAAGUCGCAGAUGGCAAACCCACGCCAAAUUCCAGCGCUUGAUCGGGGUGCUCAGUUGCUCGUGGUGGUGGAGACGAACUUUAAAAUUUACGCUUACACUACGUCAACUCUUCACGUCGCCAUGCUCAGUGUCUUUGUCGAUAUCGUGGCCAGACUGCCGAAUCUGGCAAUCGGCUUUAUCACGCGCGAAAGUUUGCGCUCAGCUCUCAUUCAUGGCAUCUCUGCGCAGCAAAUCUACGAUUUUUUAAUCAAGCAUGCGCAUCCAAAGAUGCGCCACAACACCCCAGUCAUUCCUGAAAAUAUUGCGGAUCAGAUUUACUUGUGGGAACGCGAGCGCAAUCGCGUGCAGUUUAUGGCGGGUAUCCUUUUUGAUGGGUUUAACACCAAAGAAGACUACGAGAGUGUGCGGGACUACGCUAAAGGCCUCAAGGUGCUUACGUGGUCGGAUCCUAUUCACUUCAGGAUGUCGAUUGCGAGUGCAGGCAUUGACGAUGUUCGCCACUACAUCCAGAGUCAGCUCUCCUCGCGAGGGUAG